UCUUCUUUUAUUUUCUUUCGCUUUUUCUCCCAAAGCAAACAGCAUUAUAACCAGAAGUUUCACUUCUCUCUCGUGCGUAUAUCCAGGUGUUGGAAAAAUCUCGUAUUGUAUAAGAUUCCCGACCAACUUUACUCCACACUUAUCAUUUUUAUUUGCUAGAUUACAAGAAGAGCUAAUAUCCCAUUUGCCUAGGAUCGCUCACAACCAUGAGAGCACCUUCAUUUUCCUUCAUUUUCUUGCUCUUUCUCACUCUAUCAUGUGUUUGGAAGCCGGCCCACUUGACUUUUGCGGCUCACCAGUGGGAGUCGCCCAUCAAGACGGUUGUUGUUUUGGUAAUGGAGAAUAGAUCCUUCGACCACAUGCUUGGGUGGAUGAAAAAGGCUAUCAACCCUUCAAUCAAUGGAGUCACGGGAGAUGAAUGCAACCCUUUAUCCACUAAGAACUCAACCACACAAACAAUUUGCUUCACCGAUGAUGCCGAGUUUGUGGACCCGGAUCCGGGUCAUUCCUUUGAAGAUGUGGCGCAACAGGUAUUUGGGUCUGGUUCUAUUCCUUCCAUGACUGGUUUUGUAGAACAAGCACUUUCCAUGUCUGAUAAUCUCUCUGACACUGUCAUGAAAGGGUUUAAGCCUGGCUCUGUGCCGGUAUACGCUUCUCUUGUAAAAGAAUUUGCAGUUUUUGAUAGAUGGUUUUCUUCCAUACCCGGCCCGACCCAACCCAAUACGCUAUUUGUCUACUCUGCUACUUCCCAUGGCUCAACAAGCCAUAUCAAGAAGCAGCUGGCACAAGGCUACCCACAAAAAACAAUCUUUGAUUCUCUUCAUGAGAAUGGUAUUAACUUUGGUAUUUACUUCAAAAACAUACCCACUUAUCUGUUCUACAGAAAUUUGAGGAAAUUGAAGUAUAUUUUUAAGUUUCAUGAGUUUGAUUGGAAGUUUAAGAAGGAUGCUAGAAAUGGGAAGUUGCCUAGCUUGACUGUAAUCGAGCCAAGGUAUUUUGAUCUUAAGGGAAUCCCCGCAAACGAUGAUCAUCCAUCUCAUGAUGUUGCCAAUGGACAAAAGCUUGUUAAGGAGGUUUAUCAGGCACUGAGAGCUAGUCCUCAGUGGAAUCAGACCCUUUUAAUUAUUACUUAUGAUGAGCAUGGCGGAUUCUAUGAUCAUGUCAAGACUCCUUAUGUCAAUGUUCCCAACCCAGAUGGAAACACUGGCCCUGCGCCUUACUUCUUCAAGUUUGAUAGGCUUGGUGUUCGCGUGCCAACAAUUAUGGUCUCUCCUUGGAUUGAGAAAGGCACCGUGAUAACUAGUCCAAAAGGACCUAGACCGAAUUCAGAGUUCGAGCACUCCUCAAUUCCGGCAACAAUAAAGAAAAUCUUCAACCUUUCCUCGAAUUUCUUGACUCACAGAGAUGCAUGGGCUGGCACAUUUGAGGAGGUUGUUGGGAAGCUGACCUCUCCCAGAACUGAUUGUCCAGAGACGUUGCCAGAGGUGACACCUUUGAGGAGAACAGAAGCAAAAGAAGAUAAUGGGCUAUCUGAGUUUCAGAGCGAGGUUGUUCAAUUAGCAGCCGUUCUUAAUGGUGACCACUUCCUCAGCAGCUUCCCAGAUGAGACGGGGAAGAAGAUGACUGUGAGAGAAGCUCAUGAUUACGUGAGAGGAGCCACUUCGCGUUUUAUAAGAGCAAGCAAAGAGGCGAUCAAGCUGGGAGCUGAUGAAUCUGCCAUUGUAGAUAUGAGAUCAUCACUCACUACAAGAUCUUCGAUUCACAACUAGUGGACCUGCAUUUUUGUGUAUUUAUGUGGUUUUAAGAAUGUAUUGAAUGUCUGUCAUUAAAAAUUUUGAAGUAAUGUAUGCAUAAAAACUGAGUGAGAGAGUAUUUCCAUUCUGCCUUUUGAAGCAGUAAUUUCCGAAACUGGCCAAAUAUUGUAAAGUUCAUGGGAGCAACUGAACCAGUAAAACUGCUCUUCAAAGGAGAGCAUUGUAUA